AUGGCUUUGGUUGACUAUUCGUCAAGUGAGGGUGAGGAAACACUAGAACUUCCUCGAUCUUUGGAGCAAUUUGUCAGUGAUGAGAAGAGAUUCUCCACUCAGCAGGGAAGAAUGAGUUCCCACCAAACCGGCCGUGUUCGAAGCUUUCCACACAUACACGGGAAUUGGGCUUCCUGUGUAUUUAUUCCAGGUUUGUGAAUUUGAGUUUUACGUCACCACUCCUUAAUAUCAAAAUUGGUGCUUUCUAUGCCAAAUUUUGCAAUGGUUUAGGUAUUUUCCAUAUUCUAUAUCUCAUAUACCUUAGGGCCAUCAGUUUAGCAACUUCGUUUAGUGAGUAGUACUUGGUCGACCUCUUUUCGAGUGCGGCCCUCCUGUUCACCUGUCUUGACUGUGUAUGGUUCGUUCAGUCUUCACAGUGUCUCGAGUAAGACCAUGCAACAGCUGUCGUCCACUUACGACGUCAUAGACGAUUUUAACAAGAUUCCGUUGCCGUCGUCAAACCCCAUGGAUGUACACCGUUGAAGUGGGUUCACAUCCUUCCCCACUGCAUCUAUCAGCGCCUGUAGCGGUUAGUGAACAGGGAUGGACCUAUGGCCUUAAAUGUGAUUACUGCCGUCUGUCUGCUGAGCGCUCAUCCGCACAGCCCUCGUUGGUGGCUGUUCGUUUAUUGGAUUCGCGUUAGAUUCAUUAGUCCUGUAAGAUUGGCCAUAGCCGUCGUAUGCACUUUAUAUGAAAAAAAUCACUUUUUGAGACACCCAUGCCUUCGACCAAUGAUCUGAAAGUUGAGACAUUUUCCUACACGAUCGUGUUAGAACAGAUGUCUCCGGGCAUGCACUGUAAAUCCUUCCGAAUUGUGGGCUGCCACUUCACUAGGCAGUAAUCUCUGAAAAAGUCCCCCGAGGCUUAUUGUUGCUGUUGUGUGAUGGCUCUGGGAAGACGAGCGUUUUCGCAUCUUUCCCCACAUUUUGUGUCUCUCAAGUACAUGUGUUCGGGAUCCCAUGGAGUUGCCGCAUGUCGCGAAGAAUUUUCAAGACUUCAUAUAACAACCUGCACCUGUUUUUCCUUCGCGAAAGUAAGUCUGUUUACGUGUUUUCAGAAAUUAUCUUUGUUCUACGUUUGGUUGGUUUUAUAGUGAAUAUCUCUCCAGUGUAGGACAAGACGUUCCCAAGAGCUGGCUAUCAGUAAAGCAACAGUUAUCAAAGUAUCACUAACUUAUCCGGUUUCUAAACCACCAGCCCAACCUUUUGCCUCGACCAUAUUUUAUCUUUAAAGUACGGCAUAGCGACUAGCCAACUCAUACAGCUUGAAGAAGAAGAAGAGUCGAGCACCGGAACAAUUCGUUUAUUAUCCUGAGCUUUCAGACUCGUACAGGAAUCCAUCGUCAGAGGUAGUGGCAGAAACAGGACAAGCGGCAGUUAUAAGGCACGUAGACCCAAUCAUCGACCGACGUCGCACGACUGGAGGUGACUACGAAGGGCUCUGUACGCCGGCGCCAGAUCGAUAAAUCGAUUGACCGAGUUCUCAUCCGAGGCCCAGGCUUCAAUCAAUUCUCGGCCUGUUUUGUUUCCGGCGUGGGCAACUAUUUUGGUGGCUGCGAAAUCAAACUCGUGACCCAUUCCGGUGCUCGACUCUUCUUCUUCUUCAAAUAUGUAUACACCUGGAACUCGAAAUUUCGCCUUCAUUCGUGAACUCAUACAGCCUCAUAGCAACACACGCUCAUGCAAGUUGACCCAGGAACAAUAGGGCAGUUUUUAUGUGGUCGGCAGCGAUUACGAUUUCAUUGUGAAUUUCCGCCGAUCGUGCACCGAAACCCAUAAUGCAUGCCGAUGGAAUAAGUCGGAAAAUCUUUGCUAUGUAUACUGGCUAGAACACGCUGUUUAGAAAAAAAAUGUAAUACAAAAUAUACACCACCAAGUACCAGUGAAACUUUUCGUGACAACACCGAAAAUGCAAGCAAGGCUUGCAUUGUAAGCGUGACGCAACGCACUCUGAUGUGUACAAAUGAACUAGUUAGACUAGACAAGCUCGAAAAUCCACAACACCAUUUCCGAUGGUCCUCAGGCUCAAUUUGGCGUAAGGAUAGGUACAUAUGCCAUGAGCUCAGAAGUAGUCAACUGUUUGAUGUUGGACAGUUUUUCAGCUGUCAUCUGGGUUUGUUAUAUUAAAGCCUUUGUUUUUUGCAUUGAGCCAAUUGUGUUUAGCUAUGGAAGAUACGAUUUGUCCGAGUUUUCACUUAGAGAUUUCUUGUUUUGCGUUAUUUAAAGACACCGUAAGAUCACAAGUUGAUUUUGGCCAUCAGCAAAAAGAAUUGGGUAUGGUUACCCCAUGUAACCAUGCUUCUGUCAUUUUCUGUCAAGCGUAAAACAAGGGCCUUUCAGGGUUUUCACCAAGUCAAUUGUUAGGUUUUAGUGUCGUGUUCGCGCCUUGUUAACCAUCUCGUUUCGGUCUUGAGUUCUGCCACCUACCCUGUGUAUAUACGGUAAGUGAUCUAUCCCAUGAGGUGUUAAGCGGAAUUCUGAAAAGCCUUUUCAGUCGGUAGGGAUUGUGGGAUUCGUAAUAUUGGUUAUUUUCCAGAAUUAUCCUAGGAUAUUCCAGUCAUGCCAGACUGGCAUCUUUUAAACGCGUCUCCUACCGGCCGCCUGUGAAAACUACGCUCAAUAAUGGCGACCACUUAGGUAAUAUGCGCGUUUCCCAUUGAUUUUCAAUGAACUCUUAAAUCAACCUAUGUUUUAUAGGAAACAUGUUCAAAAUAUCAGUCAUCAUAUUCGUCCAAAGCCAAUCGCGUCGUAUUCAAUUUUUUACAUGCAAAAGGGUCUUUUUCAGCACUUAUUUUUUUCUUCAAAUUCCGAAUAAAUGGCGACAAUCCGACCUGCUGUUGCACUUACUUUUAUGGUUUUCAAACUAUGAGCUGCAUACUUCCUCUGUGAGAAAAAUCCUAUGCUCCCCUAUGCAAUCGAGAAGAUAUCGUAUAGUGCUCCUAAAAUUUUGCAGCGGGUGUUGCCCAUGUAUAGACGGCCACAUAAGUAGCCAGUUUUUGCAGUUUUUGCAGGCGAUCAGCGAGCAGGACGUUUAAAAGCUGGCAUCAUGGUGUAACUGAAAUAUCAUGAGAUUAUGCUGCCUGAUAAUCACUCUUAUAAACCCGUCUAAGUAAUCCUUUCUAAUCGAAAAAGAAUUUCAGCAUUUCGGUUAACAUUUCAUGAGAUGGGUCACUCGCUGUAGCACUGGUAAACGUAAUAUAUCUAUCUGGCGUUUUACACUUUCACUGAAGUACAUCGCCGGCAUACCAAAGACAUUCCAAGGAGGUAGACAUUACUCAUAUAGUUUGUCUGGGCUCUGACAGGCCCUUCCGUCUUUUGUCUCACUGAUCCAGGAACCGGCGACUAGCUCAGUUUACGGUUGAUUUAGUGGCCAUUAGAAUGUUAGGCUUUGACCAUUUUUCCGGGUAUUUUGUUUUCGGCCCUUCCGAGUACUUGUGUUCGACACAAAGGCAAAUAGACACUUAACAUAGUAGAUGAAUGUAGACAUGCUCUCAUUCGGGGGCGGACCUUUGGACUGCUUGAACAUCUGGCGGGUGGUGACCUCUGGCUAGCGUCCUGAGUGUAUUUGGAAUAUAGUCGAGCCAUAUAUUCAUUCAAGAGUAGGUGGACGCAGAUCUGUUUGGUCUCCCAGAGCAAACACGCUCCGACUGGUGUGAUAGGGGUCGCCAACAGGAUGCAAAGCGGCCAAGCUAGACCGACAAAGACAUCGGGAGACUCAGACAGCGUUGCUUUGAAUCUAUUCAUGCCUAUAAAUCACCUUAGCUAUAACCAGCUAUCGGAAACAAACGUGCCCACUCAUACUACUCAAGUCCAAACAUUAGUGGUGGGUUGUCAGUACCACCGAACGUCGGAAUCUCGCCACCCGCCUGUCUCUGGGCUAAAUCAAGUAUUUAUUCCCAUAGACUUAGGCGCACAACCGUCUUCGUCUCCCCAGAGUAGAUGCCGAAGCAUGCGGUUUCUAGCAAAAUACUUUCGAAGGCUGCCAUUUGUGCCGCAAACUGUCUUAUUCUUGAGCUCCUCUGUUGUAUGUCGUGAAGAGUCACGUUUCACAAGCUGCCUUCUAAAUUAUAGUUACAUCCUUGCUCUUAAUGAUGACUUUCGACUUUUGAAUUCAGUUAAAACAAUUAAAUUAGUCUUUGAUGACCUGAAUCAUAACUCGGUAUCGACCUCUUCUUUUGUCCUUGUUACAGCUCCCGAAGACAUGUCUGCCUUCUUUCGUGAGAUUAUGGACGCCGUCGAUCCCUUCUUGAUUAACUGCUCUUCUCAGUUCCACUCAGUCGAGGAUCCCCACCUAAGCCUCACAAAAACAUGGCCAAUUCUGCACCACUGGAUAGAUGGCUUCGCACGGUUUGUAGCGACUGUGGCUUCAGAAAAUGCACGGUACUCACUACUUUGUCAUGCAUUCACACCUGUAGGUUUUCCGUUCAAUUAAGUGGACCGACAUUUUUAACAAAUGAGGAGAAAACAAGGUUGUUUUUCCUAUUGUGUAAUGUUCACUUCCAGGUCAUUUCUGGCACUCACUAUCGCUCCAUCAGAUAGGGGACCUUUACACAGCCUGGUUAGUCGACUUGAUGAACAAGUUAUCGCGCUCCGGGGCGAAAAGUAUUACCAGGUAGGCUCUAUCUCCUGUUUGUCGUAAAUGUUACAUUAUCUCGUAGGAUCCUCUCUUUCAUUUUAGUAUAGGCUGGUGCGUUGGCGAUGUUCAUCAGAACAUGUCAUCAGAAUCACGGAAAGCAUGUCUAGUGGGCCUUUCCGUUCUUUUAUCUAAUGUUUCUAGGAUUUUAUUGAAGAACAUUUCGCUCCCCAAAUGUCAAACCAUUUUGAAUUAUCACGCCUUAUUUUCAAGUCCGGUAAUAAAGAAUACAAUUUUACACUUUCGUGA